AGGGCGCGUCCGAGCGCCCGUCAGUCGGCCCAGACGCCGGGCGGUGCUGCGUGCGCGGACUGCGGCCCCUCCUUCGCCCCCUCUUCCUUGGCCGGGCCCUUAUCCUCCGCCUCCUGCCGCCAUCAGACACGAGCCCGGCCGCUGCUCGGAGGUGCCGCGUCCCUCUCCGGCGCGCGGACGACUGACAUCCGCAGGACGCGUGCGGGCGAGUGAGCAGCCCCUCGGGAGAGGCCGCGCGCCGCCGCCGCCGCGAUGGGAGCCCGGGUGUCGCGGCAGGACUUCGAAUGGGUCUACACGGACCAGCCGCACACAGAUCGCCGCAAGGAGAUCCUGGCCAAGUAUCCAGAAAUAAAAUCUUUGAUGAAACCAGAUUACAACUUGAUAUGGAUUGUGAUUUUGAUGGUUAUUGCACAGUUGGUUGCAUUUUACUUAGUAAAAGACUUGGACUGGAAAUGGGUUUUGUUCUGGUCUUACGCCUUUGGCAGCUGCAUUAGUCAUUCAAUGACUUUGGCUAUUCAUGAAAUCUCUCACAAUCUUGCAUUUGGCAAUGGCAAAGCUCUUUGGAACCGGUAUUUUGGAAUAUUUGCAAAUCUUCCUUUUGGCAUUCCAUAUUCUGUUUCCUUCAAGAGGUACCACAUGGAUCAUCAUCGCUACCUAGGAGGAGAAGGUAUCGAUGUGGAUAUUCCCACCAAUUUUGAGGGCUGGUUUUUCUGUACCCGUUUCAGAAAGUUUAUAUGGGUUAUUCUUCAGCCACUCAUUUAUGCUUUUCGACCAAUGUGUAUCAACCCCAAGCCAAUUACCUACUUGGAAAUUAUCAAUCUGACAAUUCAGCUGAGUUUUGACGUUUUUAUUUACUAUUUUUUUGGAAUCAAAUCUCUUGUGUAUGUAUUUGCAGGAUCAGUACUUGGCCUAGGUUUACACCCAAUUUCUGGACAUUUCAUAGCUGAACAUUACAUGUUUUUAAAAGGACAUGAAACUUUUUCUUAUUAUGGACCUCUUAAUUUAAUAACUUUCAAUGUAGGUUAUCAUAAUGAACAUCAUGACUUUCCCAAUAUACCUGGAAAGAAUCUUCCAUUGGUGAAAAAAAUAGCAGCAGAAUAUUAUGACAACUUGCCUCAGUACAACUCCUGGAUAAGAGUGCUCUAUGAUUUUGUGAUGGAUGAUUCUAUCAGUCCCUAUUCUAGAGUGAAGAGGCAUCUAAAGGGAGAAGUGAAACAGGAUUAAUACUCCAAUCAAAGGAGGACUCUUCAUAGUCACUUUAAAAAUGGCUUACACAUGUAUAUUACUUCCCCAUAUAUUUAUAUUUUGAAUUAUUAACUAGGGAGAUUUAGAAGCCACCCUUGUACAGUUUCCAGAUAGGAGCUCUACAAAAAGUUUCAAGAAUUUAAUAAGGCUUUAACCAAUUAACAUGCUUCUCCUAUGUCUAAUUUGCACUUGUGUGCCCUGAAUAAAACCAUGAUUCAGCUUGCUUCUAUGCCAUUACAUAUAAUUUUAAAAAACUAUAUAUUUACCAGUGUUAAUGUUUUGGGGGAAGCAUAUUGUAAAAAGACUUUUAAGAAGUUGCAUUUCUAUGAAUUGAAUUCUCUGCCCAUUUUGUUCAUCUGUGUAUUGUAUUUUCUGCAGAGAAAAAUCAUUAGAGUUGAGCUUAAGCACACAUAAAAUAAAAUAAAACUGAAUUAUUAAUUAAAACUGUA